UUUCCAUACGCCAGCUCUGAGCAACGGAAUUACAACCACUUGUUGUCCUGGUGCUUCUGUGCCAGUUGAUGUGCAUUUUUAGGAGCACACAGAUAUGGUGGUGCUAAAGUUGUCUGUUCUUCUUCAGGGGCUGCUGCUUGUCGCCCGAUGUGAGGUCCGAGCCAGAGACCCCGAGGUGGAGGAUGAGGAUGAGCUGAAGGAUAUGUCGGAUGGUGGUGGAUGGGACCCCAGAGUUCCACUGAUUGGCUUUGGGGCAGCUCGUCAUGGUGAAGUGAUCAACAGAAAGGGACCUGAUGUGUACGGAGCUCUUCAUCAUCCUGUUGGUCAUCACGGACAUCAUGAUCACGGUCACCAGGACGUGCCUGAGGGAACAGUGGACCCAUCGUCUGCAACUGAGACCACAGGCUCUUUUCAACGCACCGGGAAUUGGUGUGCGUUUGUUCACAAGCGGGCUGUCACUGUGGCUGUAGCCUGUGGAACUGAGAAAUACACCAUUAAGUCUCAGAGUCCCUGUCCUAAUGGCACCCCAGACUGCCAGCUCAUCAUGUACAAGCUGUCCACUCGGCCGGUGUACAGACAGAAGCAGAGAAUCUACACUGCGCUGCUGUGGCGAUGCUGUCCUGGGCAUUCUGGGGCAAACUGUGAUGAGACUGUCACAGAUGGACACAUCUCUCAGUCUGAGACUGAAGACCCGUCUCUGGCAGGCAGACCACAUCCAGGAGGACAUGAAGAGACAGACAGACGAUUUAACAAACUAACUCCGGAAAACAGAGAGCAGAAUGAUUACCAAAUGUUUGGCAGUCUAUUGUAUGAAGCUCAGCAACCUGAUGUGGAGAAUCAAACUGGACCGUCCAUAGAGGAUUAUGAGCAUAUCCCUCCUGCUGGUCAGGACCACCAUAACAAACAUCACUUUGAGAGGAGAGAUCCUUAUGCUGUAAACGAAGGUGUUCCUUACCCUGAAACACCUUACCUUCAUGAUAGGCUCUUGCUGGCCUUGAAAGAGGCUGUGGUGUCUCAGCUGCAGCCUGUGUUAGAGAAUUUCAAUCUAACCUUGGAGCGGCUCUCUCAGGAGGUGCAGGGUUUGCAGCGGGACAUGGCCCAUCUUCGUCAUGAUCAGGGGCAGGGAAGGAUCACUGAGCCUCAGGAAAUCGGUGGGGAGGACCACAAUUCACAGGAGGCUGUUGAGGCAGAGUUGAGAGAAAGUUUACUGAAGCUGGAGGAGGUGAAAGCUGAAUUUCACAACCAUCGCAAUGAGGUUGAAGCAAGGCUUCAUGCACAGCAAACCAUGCUGCACUACAACCUGACGAAUUUCAAGACGGACAUGGAUGUUAAAAUCAAACGCAACCAAAAGAUGUUACAGGUGAAUCUUCAAUCUCUCAACACAUCCAUGUCUGAAGUGAGGCAGGAGCAAGAGAGGCUGGACGAGGAGCUUCAGAAGAUUUGGCCUGAAAAGAGGACAGAUCCCAUUGAGAGCCGGAGUCAUGUAAGCACAGCUGUCUGGGAAGCCAUUACACGUCUGGACAACAAAGUUGUCAACAACACAGUGAGACUUAGUGCCUUGAUUGAAGACCAAGAACAAGUGGCCGAAAACAUCAGGGAUCUCCAUAAUGGUUGGAAAAAUCUGGAUGAUAAAAUAGUCCAGACUGGCCUUAACAGUCAGGUUCAGUUUAUGGAGACCGGUUUGGAGGUGGAGGCAGCCAAGGUCAGAGUCCUUGAUCGUAUUGAUGAGCUGAGCAGCAAUAUUAGUGUUAUCCAGAGUGCUCUGCAGGAUGUGGAGACGGAUGUCGACAACAUUUAUAUAGAUUUUUACAAAAAUAUAAGUUCAGCAAGUGGGGAAUGUGACUGCAUUGCUCUUGGAGCAACUGUGACACAUUUGGAACAAACUGUAGCUGAUGUGAAGACGACAGUAAAUGAAAAUAAGUUGGCACAGGAGAUGAUGGUCAAUCGGCACAUUAGGGCAUGGGUGCCAUCUGUGGAAGAUCUCAAAUUAGGUCUACUGAAUGUGCAAAAUUCCCUUGCUUUUCAGCAGGAAAAGAGCAAAACGUUACAACACAAUGUGACCCAGACACUUGUCUCUCUCCUGGGCAGCCAGCAGGACAUUGAAAUGCUCCAGAAGCAGGAAAGGGCUAAGGUUGAGAAGAUCCAGCAGCUAGAGGGCACUUUCAACACCUUGCUUCAGGAUGCCACUCGUCAUUCUGAUGUACUGGAAAUUUUGCUUGGGGAAGAGGUGCUGGAGUUCACGAAGUGGUCCCAUCAGGACAAAAGACGUUUCUCAAUACCACAGCUGGAUGAAAGAAUCAAAGACAUGCAAAAGCAAAUUAAUGGACACAGCCUAAGUCUAGCCUCAAUGCUGAAUGCUGCUACCCCUCAGGUAACAGCAGCAGAUGAGCCCUCACUGCUUGCAGACUGGGCUUCGGCAGGAACCAAAAGGAAACGUGAGGAUACACGAUUUGACCUCUCAGAGGAACUUCUGGAGUACUCUGAUGAUGACUUCUGGACCUUGGAGAAAACAGUAAAAGAACUUGAAGCACAUAUCAAACGCCUUGAGGAUCAUCGAUGUCCAACUUGCUGCAACUUCACUAAGACUGCUGCCAGCAGUGGUGUAGAGGGGAAGCUGCAAACUGAGCUGGAUACUUUGCGCAAGGACCUCGAGACCCAUGUUGGAGUGUUUAAAAGCAUUUUCAGUAACACAGAGGGACUUGCUGCCUCUGAGGUCUCAGUGGAUUUGGAUAAAUUGUCAACUUUAAUGAAGAGAAAGGAAGUAAAGCAUCAAAAGAAACAGAAGAAAGCAGACAUAAGACUUUUUCAGACAGAAGGAGUGGAUCUCCGCAGCAAGAGGGAUGCAUCACUGGAGUCUGCAGUGCUUCGUCAACUCCCAGACAGUCCAGUAAUGUUCCUGGCCAGCAGUAAUGAAGGUGCAAAUGGAUCAGGCACAGUGCUUUUCGAAAGCGUGGCUCUAAAUCAUGGUCAGCUGUACUCACCGAAAACAGGUGCUUUUCGUGCUCCUACAUCCGGCGUCUACCUCUUUGUGAUGACAUUGGACUUUGGAGCAGGCCUCUCUCUGGCUCAGUUAAAGAGAGGCGAAGAGGUAGUGGCCUCCAUGCGGCAGAACCCGAGGAAGUUGGGAGCACCUGCAACACGCGUCGUCAUUCUGGAAAUGGAGCAAGGAGAGGAACUCCGUCUAGAGCUGGUGCAGGGAACUAUAGAGCGCAACAACCCACAAGAUAACACAUUUGCUGGUCUUUUAAUGCUGCAGACAACCUGAGAACACAAAGCAUUUUAAUGUGCAAAAAGACUGAGAGAUGGCAAAUCACUUCUGCCUGUUUUUGCACUGCUCACCACUUAAAACUUCUCUUUUGAUAUCUGAGAGACUAAAAUAACAGCUUAUGAUUGCAACAGGUUAUUGAGCCAUUGGGCACUGUUUGUAACGAGUCAGAUUUGGGUGCGUUUACAUGACAAAACUGCCAACUGCUGGCCUGGCACAUACGCUACAGUUUUUAGUUUAUCCAUUAAUCCAAAUGAAUGAGGAUAAUUUUGACAGUUAUCGUCCCUGCAUAAAAUAUUUCCAUUUUUAGUAUAUUGUCAUUGUAAAAUAGACUUCAAGAUAUUGUACUUUUUCAGUUCAUACCAAAGAAAGACAAGACAUGCCAAAAACACAAAGAAUUAGUGUACUAAAAUUAUAUUUUGUAAAAGCUUACAUGGACAAAUAGUAUACAGAGUUAGAGGCCUACUCGAUAGCCACUUUCAAAAUGGGGCUAAAUAAAACGAAAACCUCUCCAAAUUAAACAUUAUGGGUCUUAUAAUACAUUACACAUAGUUGGGCUUAGUGAUACUAUGGUUAAGCACAUUGAAAUAUCUACAGGCAUAUAUACAGUAUGGUAAAACUCAUACUCUUAACAACACAUUUCAUAACUCUGAUUAAAAAGGAGGUUUUCAGGAACAGAAGUCACAAGCAAUGGGUGCAAAAUACAAUCAAUGGGGAAUUCUGACUGACAGGUAAAUGUCCCUUAAAACAGUGGAAUUGUAAAAAUGAGAUUAUUUCUCUUUCGUUAAUUAAUUUUCUAUCUUGGUAUUAUUUGAAAUACACGAUUUGAGGCGUAUAUUUCACAGAUUCAUUUUCCAGAUUCCUUGUAUAGUGAGAAUUCUCUAGCAUAUUCCUCAGUAUGCCAUGCUGGGGUGAGAAAAUGUUACUAUUUUAGAUCAAUUAUUUAUUUUCAGAUUAUUUUGCAAGCGUGUCAUUAAAUAUGGCAUUUUGUUUUUAAUCAAGAUGCUCUUUUGGCAUACUGUACCGGAAGUAUGUGACAAAGCACCUUAGUCUGGCACUGAUAUUAUCAAAGCAUUGUAAUUUCACACUUCCUGUCCUCAAGGGUCCAGAUAAUGGUGUAAAGAACCAUUGUGAAAUGUUGUUUUGUUACUAUUACUAAUCACAUUGGUUUUUUCAAUGGCACUGAGAAUAAUAAACAAGUAUUCUAGGAAACAA